AUGGGUUGCUUAAUAAUAUGUCUCUCUCAACUCUUUUUCCUCGUGUUUCUCUGGCAUUCUCAACCUACUUCUUCAUCAUCUUUCUCCUCUUCUUCUACACUAUCGUGUUCCCAAGAGCAGAGCUCAGCGUUGCUCAAAUUUAAGCAACUUCAUUCUUAUCCAACUUCUUCUUCUUCCAAAUAUUCUGAUGACUGUGAUCAAAAGAAAGAGUCUUGGAAGGAGGGCAGAGAUUGUUGCUCAUGGGAUGGGGUUACGUGUGAUACAAUGGGGAGAGACGUGAUUGGCCUUGACCUUAGUUGCAGUGAGCUUCAAGGCACCAUUCAUUCCAAUAGUAGCCUCUUUCUUCUCCCUAACUUGCAACAGCUCAACCUUGCUUUCAACUGCUUCAGUUCACCGAUUUCAUCUGGCUUUGGUCAGUUUGCUAAGUUGGAAAAACUUGACCUUUCUUCUUCUCAGUUUUCUGGUCAAGUCCCACAUGAACUAUCCAAACUCUCCAAACUGUCCUCACUAGAUCACUCUGGCAAUAAACAAGUUAGUCUCAAUACAUCUGUCAUGAGGAGGCUUGUUCAAAAUCUGACCAAGCUAAGAGAACUCCGUCUUGAUGGUGUUCAGAUGUCACUUGUUUUGCUUGAUUCUUUGAUGAAUCUGUCCUCUUCUUUGACAGUCCUUAGUCUCAAUGGUUGUGGAUUGCAUGGCAACUUACUAUAUAACAUUUUCCGCCUACCAAACCUAAGGGAGCUCAGUUUAAUUUGUAAUCCUGAACUCAGAGGGGCUUUCCCAACGACAAAUUGGAGCAAUCCCUUGAUGUUUUUGGAUGUCUCUACCACAGGUUUCUCAGGACCAUUGUCAAAUUCCAUUGACAAUCUAAAAUUCUUAAAUCAUUUGGGAUUAUCUCAGUGCAAUUUCAAUGGCUUGAUACCUGCGUCAUUUGGUAACCUUACGCAAAUUACUGAAUUAGAUUUAUCAGGUAACAAUUUUGUUGGUGAGUUGCCAUCAUCACUUUCAAACCUCAAGAACCUGUCUUUUUUGAAUCUCCGAUGCAACAAGUUAAGUGGAUCAAUACCCGAGUCCUUUGGAAACCUCACGAAAGUUACUUAUUGUUACCUUUCAUCUAACAGCUUCAUUGGCCACAUUCCAUCAUCACUCUCAAAUCUAAAGGAUCUCACUUUUCUGGACCUCGGAGGCAACAAUUUUGAAGACACCUUAGACCUAUCUAACAAUAGGAUCAAAGGCCAAGUCCCAAAAUGGAUGUUUAAAGAGCUAGGGAAUUUGAAAUCAUUAAAUCUUUCCUCAAACAAUAAAUUGACCGGGGAAAUACCUUCUUCAAUUUGCAAUCUAACCCUCCAAAUCCUUGAUAUCUCCUUUAACAAUCUAACUGGUAUGAUUCCACGAUGUUUGGGAUACUUGAGUGAUUUUCUCUUGGUGAUGGAUUUCCGAACAAAUAGAUUCCAUGGAACCAUCCCUGAAAUGUUUGCAAAGUGCAAAAGCUUGAGAACUCUUGUCUUUAAUCACAAUCAAUUGGAAGGGUCGUUACCACAAUCUUUGGUCAAUUGUAAAAAGUUGGAAGUUCUAGACUUUGGAAAUAACAAAAUAACUGAUUCAUUCCCCUAUUGGUUGGAAGCGCUUCCAAAGCUACAAGUUCUUGUCUUGAGGUGCAAUAGAUUUUAUGGCCAAAUUGAAGAUUUCAAGACCAACUCAUCUUUUGCUAUGUUGCGAAUAAUUGACCUUUCUCAAAAUAAUUUUAUGGGUCAUUUAACUUCCAAUUUUUUUGAAGGAUUGAAAGCUAUAAAAACAGUCAAUGAAAAUGAAGUUUCAUUGAAAUAUAUUGGGGAAGACUAUUACCAAGACUCAGUAAUGGUAGUAUGGAAAGGGCAUGAACGUAUGCUAGAGAGAAUCUUAACCAUCUUCACUACCAUUGACCUCUCAUGCAACAAGUUCCAUGGGAAAAUUCCCAAAGUACUUGGAAAACUUCAGUUUCUUCGAGAGCUCAACCUCUCCCACAAUAGCCUAACUGGCUAUAUCCCGUCAUCAUUGGGAAAUUUGUUGCUACUUGAAUCCUUAGACCUCUCUUCAAAUAUGCUCAAUGGCUCCAUUCCAAUGCAAUUAACAAGUUUAACAUUUUUAGCUGUUUUAAACCUUUCACAAAACAAACUUAUAGGACCCAUACCUCAAGGCCUACAAUUUAAUACAUUUCAAAACAACUCAUACAUUGGGAACAAAGGAUUGUGUGGAUUUCCAUUGUCGAAGAAAUGUAGGAUUGUUGAGCCACCAUCAUCUGAAGAGGACAACGAUUUAAAGUUUACAAGUGGAUUUGGUUGGAAGGCGGUGAUGAUGGGGUAUGGAUGUGGAUUCGUGUACGGGAUAGCUAUGGGAUAUCUUGUUUCCAAGUCUAGAAAACCUCAAUGGCUUGUAAGCUUGGUUGGGAUAUCUUGUUUCCAAGUCUAG